GUUUGGUCUAGGGUAUUUUAAACGAUGGUCGUCAUCCGAGUCCUCAUGCAGCCAUUGAGGGUUUGAUCGUUGCCCGGACUGCCUUCGUGUUGGUGAUCACUCCUCUGCAUCUGGCGUUUUUCGCCCUCACUCCAUGUGCCUUGGCCGAUUAUGGACCGGCAUGAUGGCCAGCGCCACCGUGGGCACCAACUCGCGGGUGGCCCCGGGCCCAUCCAAGGCAGGCGACGAUCCCCCGACGACGAGAGCCACCAUCUACGCACGCCGAAUCACCUACGACCCACGGUACGCCGCUCCCGCCGCGGUGGUGCUCGCGGCGUGGGUCGCGCUGCUGUUCGGCGGGCUGCUGGCCGGGGUUGUGCACCGGCGCCUAUUCGCGCACCUGGAGGAGAUGGUCAACGAUACGAGCGUCGGGCGCGUCGCGGCGGCGGCGGCGGAUCCCGGGGCCAGGAAGCUCUUGCGGAGGCGGACGAAGACGUGGGUGGAAGGGGCGGGGUAUGUUCCGGUGCAGCUGGGAGAUGGGUGGGAAGGAGACGAGGACCAGGAACAGGGUGUUGUUUCGGUAGAGGCCGAUAAGUAUGGGAGAGAGUUCCAUCACAGUCUUUUAGCUCCAUCUCGCGGGCCGUAAGACAGAGAAAGCUCCCGGUUGUGUAAUAAACAAACAGCGCUUGGAAUUAUUGGAAA